AUGCAGCAACAGCGGUGGUAUUCGGCAGCGGAGCCGCUCGCAAAUGGGACAAUCGCGAUUAUCGACUGCUUCCACGGUGAGGCGACGGUGAUGAACUUCAUGAUCAAGACAUCCGGUCUCAACUCGUAUGCGCAUGCGUACAUGAUGGCGUCCGGCAGGAUGUUCCUGCGAGCGAACAUCUCCACUAUUCUCUGGGAGCCAGAUACGAACACGCAGUACGAUCUGCCCGACAUGCCGGACAACCUCGCCCGCGUGCACCCCGCCUCCGGCGCUACGGCGAUGAUGCCGCUGACGAUUGCUAACGAUUACACACCCUCUGUUCUGUUCUGCGGCGGCACGGACAUGGACGACUACGCGUGGGGGAACUACUCACCGCCAUUCAUCAACACGUUCUACUACCCCGCCUCGGCCAGGUGCCACUACAUCACUUCGGAG